UGUUCAAGAUUUACAACAACUAAACAGCAAUCAUGAAAACAGUUGAGAAUUUUUUCCUUGUGAUUUGUGGAAUUUUUGUUAUCAGCGUUAGCGCACAUCUUAGAGACAAUAAUGAAUAUUUCAAUAACCGUCCCAGAGAUUGUACAGACAUUGAUAUCAAACGAAAGAGUGGUGUCUAUAAAAUUUACCCAAAAGGCUCAGCUGAUGGAUUUAACGUAUAUUGUGAUAUGACGACGGAAAGUGUGAACGGCGGCUGGACGGUGUUCCAAAGGAGAAUAAAUGGUAAAGUAGAUUUUUACAGAGGUUGGAAAGAAUAUAAAGAAGGAUUUGGUAGUCUGCAGAAUGAAUUUUGGUUAGGCAAUGACAGACUCCAUGUUCUGACGUCACAAGGGAAAUAUGAAAUGAUGAUAACCAUGGAAGAUUUCUCCAAUCAGAACCGUUAUGCUAAAUAUGAUAACGUUAAAGUAGGCGAUGAGGAAUCAAAAUACCUGUUGACUUAUGAUUCAGAAAGGGGUAAUGCAGGUAGCUAUAAAUCAAAGCUUCUAUAA